AUGGCUGCCAUUUCCAGUAGAGCAGCCAAAACUCUUGCUGUAGAUUGCCCACUCAACAAGGCGUUGAUGCAAGUGAUUGACAAGCUGCACCAUCCCGAGUUCAAUCCACAGGGUGCAUUGAACUUGGGGCUCGCUCAUAACGAUCUCUUGCAUCAAAAGGUGUUUGCCAAGUGUCAGCAAUGCCUUGAAAUUGUGCCCCAUGAUGUCAACUACGGAGCUCCUCAAGGGUCCAAGCGAUUGUUGGACUUGCUGCAAUCAUUCUUUACCAGACAUUUCAAGCCCUACUAUCCACUAGAGGCUGAGCACAUCUUUACCCAGACAGGCGCUGGUGCGUCUGUAAACCAACUCAUCAUGAGCAUUGCCGAUGAAGGAGACUACUGUAUGCUUCCUGGCCCGUAUUACGGAGCAUUCGAUUUGGACAUUAGUGUUCAUACAGGCGUCAAUAUCGUUGAGGUUUUUCCUCAUGGUAUAUCAGAUACAAACAUCGAUGGUGAUGAACUUGAGAGAGUGUAUCAGUUGGCACAAAGUGAAGGAAAGAGAAUUACAUCCAUCUUGGUCACAAAUCCAGAUAAUCCAUCAGGAAGGUGCUAUUCUCGACAAGAUCUAGAGACUUUUCUCAAAUUUGCAUCAAAGCACAAUCUGCACUAUGUCUCGGAUGAAAUCUACGCCUUGUCUUCGUUCAGUCACUUGGUAGACACUUUUAAGCAGGACCCGUUCCACUCAAUUUUGAGCAUCGACUACAAGAGUUUCAUUGAUCCUAAUCUUGUGCAUGUUAUCUACGGUAUGUCCAAGGAUUUCGCCAUCAACGGUUUUCGAGUUGGCUUCAUUAUCACACAGUUCAAUGAGCCUUUGAGGCUGGCUUUGAUGCGUAGUGCUGGAUUUAGUUAUACGUCUACCAUCAUGGACAGGUUGUUAAGUAAUCUGUUCUCGGAUGAAAUCUGGAUCGACGAAUAUUUGCAGGAAAACAGGCAAAUGCUGGCCGAGACUUAUACCAAGGCCAUUCAGUUUCUAACCAAGCACAGCAUUGAUUUCAUCCCUGCAGAGGCUGGGCCCUUUUUCAUGAUUGACGUUCGGUCCAUUAUCAGACGAAAUCGCAAUAGAGAAGCGACAUUUGAAGACGAAACGCAACUAUGGCAUAACAUGAUCACUCGUGGCGUGUAUCUUGCUCCAGGUUCUGUGUUUCACUCACAAGACCCGGGGUUCUUUCGUCUUACUUUUGCCUUACCAUGGGAAAUACUUGAACAUGGAUUGAACCUUGUGCUUGAAUCGUUUGAAUAA